UUAGGGCGUAAGUUGAAGCGAGACAAGUAUAUGUUUUCUCACUUCAACUUAUUACACUAGUUCAGCGGUGCAGCGAAAACAAACAGAAGCUCCUCAAAAGUGCCGCCGUGGAGUGAACCUACUAUUCUUACUUAUACUGUGGUUCAGUUAUGCGCGGGAGACAAUCGUUUUCACUAUUUUUCACGUAGUAAACCUUUUGUUCUUACUUAUACUGUGGUCAGAGAGUCUGUUAUUGUCCGACUUUCGCUAGAGAACGACUCUAACAUCGGAGUCGUCUUUGUUCCCAAUGGAAAGAAGAAAAUAACGUCGAAACAUUAGACUGGCCAUCACAGUCAUCAGACGCAAAUUCAAUCGAAAAUGUCUGGGGGUUAAUGAAAAUAAAGCUGCAUGGAAAAAGUGUAUACGGUGAAAUAAUUAUCUCAACAGAUUCGUUCGAUAUCACGAUCUUUAUCUCAAAAGUACGCUGUAAAAUUGGUAGAAAGUAUAACUCGAAGGUAUUCGUUAUUGAUUACUCAGAUACCACGGAUUAUUCGGAUUUCGUAUAGAUUAUGACAUAAAUGAGUUGCCAAAGUAUUUUACCUGGUAAAAUUUAAUUGCUGAUACUAGGAAAUGUACUCAUGGUUUUUCACAUAGUAUUGAGAUUUAUGAAUGUAAAGAUAAUAUAGAAGAGCAAGGGUACGCAACAUUGUAAAAAUGGAAAGGUUUUCUCGAAUGGUUGUUCAUUAUCCAUAUAUUAUUUUAACUACGGUUCUUGUAUUUUCUUUGAUAUGUCUAAUUACUCCACUUGUGACCAAGAAGUUUCCAGAUUUUUCAGACCCUCAAAUGGGUUUCGAAGCAAGAGGUACAAUUUUGGCGCAAAGAUUUACAGCCUGGCAAAAUUUAAUGGAAUCUACAAGAGCAAGUGGGGAGCUUGUGGAUAAUCCUUUGGAGUAUUAUCGAUAUAUACAGAGUCAACAGCUCAAUGUAAAUAUAAAAAAUUCUAGUUUGCCUAUUCAGGAUGUCAAUCGAAAAACACAGAAAGGCAAACAUAAGCAGAAAGGAAAAAAAAAAGGUAAACGUAAACAACAAAAUGACAAAAAUCACAACCAAACAAAUGAUGAGACUAAAGAUGCGAAAGAAUUACUGGGAUUAGGAAACAAGCAUCGUGUAAAUAAUCUAGCGGAUAACAAAAAAAAUAAGGAUCAUUCCAAUGAUGAUAAUUUUUUUUGCAACUUGCCAACUUCUUCCUACGCUCGUGUUGUAAUUGGUGCAGAUUCGAAAGAAACUAAUUUGUGGUCGAUGGAAGGUAUAUCGGCACAAUGUCACAUUGACGGUGCACUUCGCGCGAAUACCCACUUUACAUCUCUGUGUCAGACACAAGUGGAGCGUAGUGGUGCCGAUCCAAAAUGUUGUAGAAGCUGGUCACCCGCCAAUUACGUGGCACUUUUAUCCAAUCGCAGUUCUUGUCUAGAAGUAACGGAAAAUGAUCUAGACAGGGUGAAAAUGCUUUUGGAACAGUGCGCUUAUUACUAUCAUAAUCGCCAGUUAUUACCCAACUGUGCGGAAGACGCCAAUUGCCAGAGACAAGUGCCGAGAGAAUGUUACGUGAGAAAUGCUGCUUAUUAUCUACUGCAUUUUCUGUUGGAUGUUGAUUUUAUUCCCUCUCAUGAGACAGACAUUGAAAACAAACAAAAUUCGACGUUGCAAUCCGUUAUGCUAUUUCUUCCAGUAGCGGCAAGCUCCGCGACUUUAGAUUUUUACAAAGAGAUAGACACGAGACACGAUGACCUAAUAUACGGAAAUAUUCGUGUACAAGGCAUGCAAUUUGGCCUAAAGAGUACGCUGUUCGAUCGACUGUUAGUAUCUGACUCAAGCUUGUUACUCGCUGGUUUUGUGUUUGUUACGCUUUGCAUUUGGGCAUACACUGGCUCCGUAAUUUUAACCAUCACGACUAUUUUCGCAGUGGUAUUUAGUCUCGGUAUCUCAUACGCAAUGUAUACUCUUGUCUUGCGUAUUCGGUUCUUCCCUUUCAUGAACUUCCUGGCCAUCGUUGUAGCUAUAGGGAUCGGUGCAGAUGAUGCAUUUAUAUAUUGCAAAAUAUGGAAUUCUAACAAGCGGCAUGGGUUUUCCGACGGCGGAUUGGUAUGUUUGGUACAAGAAACCAUGAAACAUGCUUUUCCUUCGAUGUUUGUCACAUCUCUUACAACAGCGGUAGCUUUUUUUGCGUCAAUUGUUAGUAAUGUGACCGCUAUCAACUGCUUCAGUUUAUUUGCAGGCACAACUGUCAUUGCUAACUUUUUCUUGAUGAUCACGUGGUUACCAGCGUGUGUGAUAGUGUCGGAACGUUGUAAAUGUACUUUAUCAUUGCCAAAAUUCAUCAGCGAAAGAAUUAUUCGUCCUCUGCGAUCCUUUGGAGAUAAAGUAGCAGCAGGAUUUACCGCUUUUCUUACUAAAAUAGUGAUUGGUUUACGAUGCAUUUGGAUAUUAAGCUUGGGGACUAUGACGAUAGCAUGUUGCAUUAUUGUUUUCCAUUAUCCGGGCUUGCAACUGCCAGACUACAUUGAUUUUCAAUUGUUCGAUAAUACGCAUCCAUUCGAACAAUAUGAUCUAAUAUUUUCGCAGAGAUUCUGGUUCGAAAGAUACGAAAUGGUCGGUGGUGACGCUUCGACAGAAAUUCUACCGUUGAGAUUUGUAUGGGGCAUUGAGCCUAUCGACAAUGGCGAUUAUCUCGAUCCCUCGAGAAAAGGAACACCAGAAUGGGACGAAACUUUCGACAUUACUGCUCCGGAAUCGCAAUUAUGGCUCGAACAAUUUUGCCAGAAUUUACGCAGUGAGCCUUUUUAUCGCAAUACCAUGGGACCUUUAUUAUCUAAUUGUUUUAUCGAAUCGUUACGUUCGUGGAUGCAAAGACGUUGUCUGGAUCCUCUGGAUCCUCAUAUCGACUAUUCACCAUGCUGCGAAAGCAGCAAAUUUCCAUACGAACCAAGUGUCUUGCAACAGUGUGCGGCUGAAGCAACCGCAGAAUUACAUCGCACACCUUCUUAUUUGUGGAUUCGAAGUAAUGCUGCGGGUCUAAAAUUUGUAAAAGAACCGCCGCAUUUGCUCGCCACAAUGGGCACAAACGUCACGACAAAGUUAACGGCCAAAAUUAAAGCACUUGUCGUUGAAUACGAUAGUUCGUAUGCGUAUACUCUAUCGUUUGCAAGCAUGAAUACAUUUUUUAAUCAGGUCGAAAAUUGGAUGCAAGGUCAAUUACAAAAUGCACCGCGAGGAAUGCAACGUGGUUGGUUCGUGAGUAGAUUAGAAUUUUUUGAGCUGCAACGUACAUUGUACAACGGUACCAUAUGGGCAAUAGGAGUGUCGUUAAUCUUGGCUCUGAUAGUAUUGGCAUUGGUGACUCUAAAUCCUCUUAUCAGUCUGUAUGCUAUUGUGACUGUCGGUGCUGCCAUAAUAGUAACGGUUGCUAUACUCAUUCUUCUUGGUUGGAAACUUAACGUUUUAGAGAGUGUUGCAGUCUCCACGGCAAUAGGUCUUGCUGUAGACUUCAGUUUGCAUUACGCUGUGAGUUUUAAAACAUCUAUCACUGAAGCAAGAAUAGAUAGAGUAAAAAUAGCAUUACAACAAAUGGGUGGGCCAACUUUUAUGGCAGCAAUUACGACUGGAGCUGCAGGCGCUUUAAUGUUACCUUCUCAUGUUAUGGCCUAUAUACAGAUUGGUGUUUUCUUGCUGCUCGUGAUGACAAUAAGUUGGAUAUACGCUACACUCUUAAUGUGUCCAAUGUUGGCAGUUGCAGGACCAUCUUUACAUUUUGCUCAAUUUAAAUAUCCUCGAUUGAAGAUGUGUUUUAAAACUGGAUAUGAGAAUGGUGGCGCGGAAGGAGUGAGAAGGAAUAAUGACGAUCGAACGAAAAAACCUUAUAAAAGUCAAGGAAUAGUGUCGGAAUCGACUCAAGGCACAUCCGGCACUGUGCGUCAACCUUAUUGCACUGAAUUGGAAAUGCUUACUGUGAGACCUCCAUCGCCAUCAUCACCAUUAUCGGCGUUAAUUGGUUAAAAUUAAAAACGCGAGUUUUAACUACGCGAUUAUUUUCUAAUGUGUGUGAAUUGUUUUAAAUGUAUUUUUUUCUUUUUAAUGUGUGAAUUGUUUUUUUCUAAUGUGUGAUUUGUUUUUUUUUUCUCUAAUAUGUGACUGUGUUCUCAUUUUAUGUGUGAAAUAAAAAUUAUUAUGUACAAUAU